AUGACAUCUUAUGACGAGGAAUUGUACCGCGAGAAGUAUUCUGAAUGUGACCUGGGACAGCAGAGUGUCCUGCAUGCUGUCCAGCUGGUUCAUCGUGUUUCUGGAGGUCCAGCAGAGCGGACAGCCUCAGAGAGUGAGCCUCUCAACAAGACCAUCACCAAGAUUCUGGAUGGUCAGGAGCCUGAGCCAGCCACAGGUGCCGAGGGUGGCGGCGGCGGAGGCGAUGCCAGCGCAGAUGGCGGAUCAGCCACCCAGUCCAGCUUCUACGUGUUCUGCUCGCAGCCGUGCGGCGAGCUGCGGCGCGGCAAGCUGCGCGUGCGCUGCGCCACAUGCCGCCAGGGGGCGUUCACGGUGCGCCGCGACCCGUGCUCCUGGGAGGACGUAUUGCGGCCGCGGCGGGUGCCGGGUACCUGUGACACAUCCGACUGCGAUGGAGAGUUCGCCGAGUUUUUCUUCAAGUGCGCGGAGCACGCCAGUCUCGGCGAGGGUGACGAGGCGGUGCCUCUGGACCUAGUACGGAACAACCUGAGGCACAUACCGUGUCUGGCCUGCACCGACGUCUGUGACCGGGUGGUGGCGUACCCGUGCGCGGCCGGCCACGUCACCUGUCUGGAGUGUUUCGUCACCUACUGUCGCAGCCGGCUGGACGAGCGCCAGCUGCUCAACGACCCCGAGGUGGGCUUCACGCUGGGCUGUCCGGCCGGGUGUCCGCAGUCGGUCAUCAGAGAGGUGCACCACUUCCGGCUGAUGGGAGACGAACAGUAUGAGCGUUACCAGCGCUUCGCCGCCGAGGAGUGUGUGCUGGCGGCGGGAGGUGUGCUCUGUCCCCGACCCGGCUGCGGGAUGGGCCUCAUCCCCGACCCCGAGUGUCGCCGUGUCCAGUGCCAGCAGGGCUGUGAGUACGUGUUCUGCCGGGAUUGUCUUCAGGGAUACCACCUGGGCGAGUGUGACCCGGGAGGCGGUGUCGGCGCCCCGACUGCAGGUGGCGGUCGUGCGUUCGGUGUGGACGAGGUGGCACAGGCGCGCUGGGAGGAGGCCACGCGUUCCACCAUCCAGGUCAUCACUAAGCCGUGCCCCAAGUGCCGCACACCCACAGAACGAGACGGCGGCUGCGGCUGUAUGCACAUGAUCUGCCCGCGGACGCAGUGCGGCUUCCACUGGUGCUGGAUGUGUCAGACAGAGUGGACCCGGGAGUGUAUGGGCAGCCACUGGUUCGGAUAG